AUGAUGUCCAUAACAAAAAUUUUAAUUUUGAUCGCGGCGAUCACUGCUAUCAGCGGCAAGCCAAUUGACUCCAACAUCGAUACGGAUCAGCUCGGCGCUCAGGUUUCCUACCGUGACGAAUUGUUGGAUACGCUGUCCCGCCUGAAGCUGAUCGCCCCCGAAGACGAUGAACUACCAUCACCUAAGGCAGAUACUACCAAUACCCAAUAUGGAAACCAGCAGAAACUACGACAAGCUAGAUGUGCAGACAAUGGACCUCAUUCAGAAAUGUCUUACACUAGUUUUAGGAAUUUGUUAAAUGAGCCAAGAUUUCCUAAUGGCGAUGUCGUAGACUUUACCAAGAUCAACAUGGAGGUGUUAAAAUGGAUUCGUGAACAUCUGAUAGUCGAGUUGAUGAAUCGGGCCCUGAAAUCCGCUGCAAAAAACGGAAAUUGA